GAAUUUUUAAUCUUUAUUUAGGAUAUGGAAAGAUAAUAAAAAAUGGAUAAUUUGGGAAAGUCGCAAUUUAUGGAAAUUCCUUACGUUGCUCUGUCAAUGCAACUUGGAGCAAUAGAAGAGCAGCUCAAAAUAUCAACCACAAAGGAAACGGUGGCACCAGAAAUAAAUAUAUCUAUGAUAAAUCAUGCUAUCAAAAUAGAAAUUGAAAACGGAUCAACAAUUGAUAUCAGCGAUUACUUUCAAAGAAUGAUUAAACUAUACAAACAAAAUGAGAUUCCUUUAAAGAACAUUGUCAGGAUAAUUUACCAGGUAGUUAAAGAAGUAUCAAAGCAAAAGUGCCCACAUGAUUCAAAAUUAAAAUUAUCGUCCGAAUGGGCACAUUUACUUGUGGAAUUGUUGUUUGCCAGCACUUGGAGCAAAUCCUUAACUUCAGAUGUAAUAUUUUGUCUAAAAAUAUAUUCAAGAUCGUUUCAUGAAGUUGAAAUUGUGAAUCGGCUUUGGAAUAUGCUUCUUAAGAAUUUAAAAAAUAGUAAGGAUAUAUCAAUCGCAACGACAUACGUGCUAAUUCAGUUCUUUGAUGAUUUCUCUGCAAUAAUAAACGGUUUCAAAGAUGGACAUGAUAUUGAGCAGCUGAUUUUAAAAUUAUUGCAAUGCGAUGGUCGCGAAGAAUAUAAGGCUGCUUUAUAUUUGAUAAAAACAAAAAAUUACACUUGUACUGAUUCGACAGAACAGCGAUUUUGGAUGUCAUUUAUUACCAUAUUGGAAAAUUUAGAAGAAAACCAAUCACACCUUAUUUUACCUUCUCUUGAGCAUAUAAAACAAUACGACUUUCAAAAAGCGAACAUGAAAAUAUGGCUGGAUAUUCUUUAUCUUAAAAUUUUAUCAAAUCAAAAUAUUCUGGUUACCCGUUGGGCACUUGUAUAUAUUCUCCAGAACUAUUCUUGUUCAGACAUCAGCCCCAAUGUUAUGAGUCAAUUUGUAAAAGCCAGUAAUAAUACAAGGUUAUAUAAUUAUGAAGGUUACUUUCUUCCUACGGAUUCUGUUAAAAAAUUUCUGGACGGAGAUGUCGUUCGGCUUGUGGAAAUUAUGAUGGAAAUUAAUCUGAAAAGUGUUCCACUGCACUUUUGGCUUUCUCAUAUUUUUCAAUGCAAAUCAAUAUCGAAUUUGAUUUCUAACAAACAAUUAUUAAAAAUUGCUACAAGAGUCCGCGUUUUACAAAAUCCUUUUAUCCGGUUGAAAUGCAUUAAGCUAUGUGAAAACACAUUUUCCGAAACUAUUGAUUGUAUGACAAUAACGGAAUAUACUGUUCUUAUUGAAACUUUAUAUAAUGUUACUGAUCCUUUUAAUAACUUUACAACAUUUUGUACUAAACUUAAAAACUGCAUCGAUAAUGGUGAUUCGCUCUCUCUAUCGCUACGAUUUUAUGAAAUUGUUACAAAUAAUCUGGAUGGAGAAMUCUCUUGCGAACAUCCAGCCUUAAUUUAUGAAAAUACCGUAAAAAAAAACGAAGAAAUUAAAUUAAAUAAAACAACUUUAUUAAAUGGGAUCGUUGAAUGUUUAAAGAAUAAAACAGAAGCAGAUCGAAAUAAUCUUAAUUGGAUACUUUUCAUGCUGGUGUUCGAGGCGGAAAAUUCUGAAAUUGUACAAAAUAUUUGUCAAUCUUUUUGGAAUCUUCAACUAGAGAAAUACACUGGCAGUUCUUAUAAAGAAUUAAGUUACGAAGUAAUUUCAAAACUACCUUGCGGGGAAAACACAGAAACUUUUGUUCGCAAAAAAUGGCCUGACUUUUUUACCAAAUUGUAUAUAACAGAUACUCUGAACUUAUACAACUAUAUUGAGAAUAUGGAGGAAAUCUUAACUACGGGAUCCCAUAAAACAUUGCUUAAACUUUCUCAAUUGCUAGUCUCUAACACAGAGACUAUGGAUGAAUAUAUAAUAGACGCGUUUUUAAGACAACUUAAAAAAUUCUCUCGCAUGCCAUCGAUUUGCUAUGUUGUAACUGCAAAUUUACUAAAUUACUUCAGAAAUAUAUAUGUGCCGCAUGAAUUAAGAGAAUAUGCGAACCGAAUUAUACGCACAGAUUUUGAAAAUUUUGGUAUAUGCGCUGCAGUGUUAAAUUCGGGUGUUGUUCUAAAGACAGAAACCUAUAUUGAGGGCAUUUUAAUGGGUGAUAUAAACUUCGGAGACGCGAGAAUUGAAGAAAUCUAUUGUCUAGAAACAUAUGAAAGAAAAUACCUUCGUUUCCAUCAAUUGCGCUUAAGAUAUAUUUUAUCAUUGCCAAUCGAAUAUAAAGCUAUAAUACUCACCGACCUUCUUAAUAAACUCGAAGUUUUAAGUUCGAAAAAGCCAAGGUAUUUUGAGAAUUCUAUUGAGCAUCGAAUGAAAAUGAGGAUAUUAAAUGCAGUAAUUUCCUUAAUAAGACAAUCAGAAGGGCAAUGUGGUUGCASUGAAGACAUAUUAAAACUGCUAUUAAAUCACAAUAAUCAACUGAACAUAACUUAUAUACUCGAGCUGCUUGUUGCGAAGUGUAUAACUAAUGAUGACAUUAUUAUAAAAAAAUUAAAUGAUGUAAACAAAUACACAUCUAGCCAGCAGGUGUCUAUUAUUAGCAUGGUUUAUUGUUACACUGUCUUAAAUCGGACCAUGCUCUCCAAAGACUAUCAAAAUAUUGUUAUAAACAAGCUUCUUCCUCUCACCAUGGGACCUCAUUUCCAGACGCGUUCAUGCGCUCAGCUGGUCAUUUAUAAAAUUUUGGAAAACCAUAAAUGUGAAGCCGACACUUUAUUUCCAAAUCAAUAUAAUUUGCAAGAAGCAAUUGGUUUGGCUAUCGGAUCGCAACUGAAUGAAUUUCUAAAUGAUGUACGGUUGUUGCUCCCAUAUAUAUAUUUAGCUGAUACUAAACAUUUUUUCGAUAAUUUAAUGUUUAUUACAAUGGCACCUGCCGACGAAUAUAUGUCGAAUUUGGAUUUUAAAAAAUAUGAAACAUCAAGGCAUAUAUUUUCCAAGAAAAAGCGCAGUUUUAUGAAAGAAUUACACACUUCUGAGCAAGUAGUUUUUGCUAGCAACAAUGGUAUUAAUACGCAGCGUAAAAUGAACCCGGAAACCGCUCUUUGCACUAAAAGUAGCAUAGCUGAGGAAGAAGCUUCUACAAAUUCUUAUAUUUUUGUAGUGGCAAGUCUUAUAGACAAAAUUCCUAAUAUUGGAGGCAUUGCGCGAUCAUGUGAAGUACUUGGUGUACGAAACUUGGUUUUAAGCUCAAAAAAAAUUGUUGAAAAAGAUGAUUUCAAAAGUGUGAGUAUGACUGCUGAAAAAAAUUUGAAUAUUUUUGAAGUCCAACAAGCUAAUUUGGAAGAAUUUUUAAAAGAGAAACGCGAAGACGGUUUUGAUAUUAUAGGAGCCGAACAAACUGUUGCCAGUCAGAAUAUAAUUGGGUUUGCAUUUCCUCGGAAAUGUGUAUUGGUUUUAGGGCACGAGAAAGAAGGAAUACCAAGCAAUAUUCUGGCCUUUUUAGAUUAUGCCAUUGAAAUACCUCAAUUUGGAUUAUUACGUUCCCUAAAUGUACACGUAACGGGGGCGUUGUUUAUGUGGGAAUAUUGUAAGCAACACAUCGUUGGAAACUCUAGCACAUAAAAUACUGUGAUCUAUUUAUAUAUACAUAUAUUUAUGUAUCUAUGCACGUGUACUUAGCUAUUGCCUUUUUAUCCAAUAAAAAAGCUUUAGAGUUUUUCAUCAACUAUUGGUACCAUUA